AUGAAAAGUAACAUUGGAAAAAGUGAUAGUUUCCAGGUUUAUCGUUCUCAGACUUCUAGUUGCAGUGAGACAUCUAAUUCAUCAAGCUCUUCUGAUAACUCAGAUACACCAUUAAAAAGAUUCAAUCGUCUUGUCAGGACGUCGGUCGCGCGGCAUUGGGCACACUUUAGAAAGAAGAAGUCCAGACUGUUGGUGCGAGGCCGCUCUGUAUCUGACACCGGAUUAUGUUCCAUCGUCGACCGCGAAGUAAACUAUUUGGACAUCGGCUCGGGAAAACACCACUCGUUGCUGGUUUUGGAUGGUGCUCGUCACUAUACCGUCCCUGCGUUAUUCGUGACAGUGCUCGAAGUGUACAUAAAUUAUCAAGUCAUUAGUCGCUUCAAGAAAAUAUUUCGGUCGGCGGGCGGGUCGGCGAGCGCGCUUGGGCUCGAGGAAGCGAGCGACAGCGACGCGGAGCGCCCGCGCAGGCAUCACUUGCGUGUGCCCUCGCCACACUAUAUAGCGCAGUCGACCGGCAACUUCGCGGGCGCGGCGGGUGGCGGGUGCGGGGCGCCGCGCUCCGCGCCCGCCACCCCGCUGCAGCUCGAGUCGCACCCGCGCACCACCAAGCACGACAAGUAA